CUUAAAUAAAAAUAAAAAUAAAAAACCCCACAUAAACCUCCUCUCUUCUUCGCAGAUCUCUCCUUCUUUCUGUUGACAAUCAUGAAAAGAGCGUCGACUCUCGCGUCUUCCGUCCUCUCUCGGACCCUCUCCUCCACCCUCCACGAUUGCAGUGGCCUCUUCACCACCUCAGCUGCUACCAUCAACCACCGCUUCCUCCAUGCAGCACUCUUUAGCACCACCACCAGCACUGGCAGUUCCAACACUCGCCGGAUCUUCAAUCCUUUCUCCACAUCUCUCGUUGUCGCGGGAGCCUUGGUCUCUGCCGCUGCCGCCGCUUCUCUCUCUCAAGAAGUCCUCGCCAAGGAGCCACCACCGGCCGAGCUCGUGCCCAAGGAAGUUGUUCUUUAUCAGUAUGAGGCCUGUCCUUUCUGCAAUAAAGUUAAAGCAUAUUUGGAUUACUAUGAUAUACCAUACAAAGUGGUGGAAGUGAACCCUAUUAGUAAGAAAGAGAUCAAAUGGUCUGAUUAUAAGAAGGUACCUAUUUUGUUGGUAGAUGGCGAACAGCUUGUUGAUUCUUCAGCUAUAAUUGAUAAGUUGGGAAACAAGAUCCAUGGUAAGGAAAUUGUAGAUUCUGCUUCUGACAAGGAUGACGAUGAAGAGAAAAAGUGGCGGAGGUGGGUUGACAAUCACUUGGUUCAUGUCUUGUCUCCAAACAUAUAUCGAAAUACUUCUGAGGCUCUUGAAUCCUUUGACUAUAUCACAAGCAAUGGUAAUUUUAGCUUUACAGAAAGAAUCACGGUCAAGUAUGCCGGAGCUGCUGCAAUGUAUUUUGUGUCCAAGAAUUUGAAGAAGAAAUAUAACAUUACUGAUGAACGUGCUGCCCUGUAUGAAGCUGUGGAAACGUGGGUGGAUGCUCUAAAUGGCCGAGAGUUUCUUGGGGGGUCAAAGCCUAACUUAGCUGACCUUGCUGUCUUUGGGGUAUUGAGACCCAUCCGCUAUUUGAGGUCUGGUAGAGAUAUGGUGGAGCAAACUCGAAUAGGGGAUUGGUACACAAGAAUGGAGAAUGCUGUGGGGGAGUCCUCAAGGAUGAAGGCAUAGAUUAUGCACUGCUCAUUUUAACUUCCAGCUUCUACAACCACGGUAUUAUGAACACGAACCAAAAGAUUUGAUAAUGAUUUUGAUGGCUAAACAAUUUUGUGAUGGAAGAAUUUGAAGCUGAAGCUCAUUUUUAAAAACGUGAUUACUGUCGUAUAAUUGGAGAGAGAUAGGAAAAUAAAGAAAUUUUACACGUGGAUUGUAAAACUACCCAUGGAUCAUCGUAUUCUUAACUGGUACAUUACACAGCUAUCAUUCUUUAUGCUAUUUUGGUCCUUUUGUUUGUUGAAUAA